AUGGACGAUUCAAUAGCAUUGAUGUUUAAUAACACAUUGCAAAAGAUUUAUAGUCAGUGUUCAAGAAAAUGUAUUCAAUUAAGAGAAUCAUGUAAAGUUGCACAAGACACUAUUAGAGAUUCUCCAUUAUUCAGUGCAUCUGAAACUAAACAUGAUAAUAAAGAAUAUGAACUUUUAGGUAAUAAAUUAUUUAUAGCUAUGAAAUUAGCAUGCGAAACUAAAGAACCAAAAAUAAUGAUAAUUGCAUUAGAUUGUUUAGAUAAAAUGAUGUUAUAUGGAAUUAUUAAAGCAAAUAUAAAUGAUGAAACUUCACCACCAGUAAAUGGAGAGAAAAAGAAAUUGGUAGAGAGUGUUGUGGAUUUAAUUGGAUCAUAUUUUAGUUUUCAAAAUGAGAAUGUUCAACUUCAAAUCAUUAAAGCAUUAUUAACAUCAGUAACAACACCAUCAUGUGAUGUACAUGAUACUUGUUUAAUGAAUUCAAUUAAAACUUCAUAUAAUAUCUAUUUAGUUAGUACUGCUAAAACUGUAAAUUGUACCGCUGCUAGAAGUGCACUCUUUCAAAUGGUUGAUUGUGUUUUACAAAAAUUUGAAUUGGUUAGCCAACAAAAAAUGCAUAAUCCAUCACCAUCAUCAUCAUCAUCAUCAUCAUCAUCAUCAAAUACAUUAUUAUCAAAUUCAAAUGAAGAAAUAAAUACAGCAUAUCAAAGUAAUUUAUCAGAUGUUAUAUUAUUAUUUAGAGCAUUUUGUAAAUUAUCAACAAAAGAUAUACCAGAUGGAUUACAACCAGAAUCACAUGAAAUGAAGAGUAAAUUAUUAUCAUUGGAGUUGUUGAGUAGAAUAUUGGAGAAUCCAUUACCAUCAUUAAAGUUAUCAGAGAAAUUUAUAAAUUCAAGUAUAAAGAGAUACCUAUCGAAUUCAUUAUUGAUCAAUGGUACCAAUCAACAUUUACCAGUUUUCAAAUUAACAUUAUCAUUGUUUUUAUCAUUGAUAAUUCAUUUCAAAGAGUAUUUAAAGGAAGAGAUUGGUUUAUUCUUUUCAAAGAUUCUAUUAAAUGUUUUAUCAUCAACGAGUUGUUCAGCGAAACAAAAAUGGUUAAUUUUACCAGUACUAUAUGAAAUUUGUAAGAAUCCUCAAACUAUUGUUGACAUUUUCGUAAAUUAUGAUUGUGACCCAGAUAGAAAGGAUAUCUUUGAGAAAAUGGUUUAUGAACUCUCAAGAGUUGCUCAAGGUACAAUUACAGGUGACCAACGUUCUUCAACUUCUUUAGAUGAUCAAAAAUUUAAAACUUUAGGUUUAGAAUGUAUAGUUACAAUUAUGAAAUCUUUAGUUGAUUGGAGUAAAGAAUUAUAUCAAGAUAGUUUAAUAAGUAAUAAUAAUAAUAAUAAUAAUAAUAAUAAUAAUAAUAAUAAUAAUAAUAAUAAUAAUAAUAAUAAUAAUAAUACUACAACCACCACUACCACUACAUCAUCAUCAUCAUCAUUAAAUUCCAGUAGUGAUCGUAAUCCAACUACUAAAAAAAGAUCAUCAUCAAACGCAUCAAAUUCAGAGGAAUCAACAACCACAAUUGAUCUUUCAAAAUUAUCACCAUUAGAACAAGGUAUAUAUAAAUUUAAUCAAUCACCAAAAAGAGGAAUUGAAUAUUUAUUAAAAAUGAAAUUAGUUAAAGAAACACCAGAAGAUAUAGCACAAUUUAUAAAAUCAAAUACUUUAACAUUAGAACCAAAAAAAAUUGGUGAAUAUUUAGUUCAACAAAAUUCAUUUAAUUUUAGUGUAUUAUUUAAAUAUGUAGAAUUAUUUAAUUUCUUAAGUAUUCCAAUUGAUGAAGCAUUAAGAAAUUUAUUAUUUGGAUUUUUAUUACAUGGUGAGAAUCAAUGUAUUGAUAAGAUUAUUGAAAAGUUUGCAGAGAAAUAUUAUCAUGAUAAUAUUGGUCAAGAAUCAUCAGUAUUUUCAAAUGCAGAAUCAGUUUAUUUAUUAUCCUAUGCAAUCAUUAUACUUUCAACCGAUUUACAUAAUCCAUCAAUCACUACAAAAUUAACAAAACAAGAAUGGAUUAAAAUGAAUUCAAAAAUUAAUAAUAAAAAUGAUUUUGAAGAAUCAUUUUUAUUUGGAAUUUAUGAUAGAUUAUUAAAAGAACCAUAUAAAAUUAUAAAUGAUGAUUUAGCAUUAAAUUCACAAGAUAAAUUAUUAAGAUAUAAUAGAGAAUCAGAUUAUAUUGCAAAACAAUGUCAAGAAUUAAUUAAAGCAAAAUUAUCAAAGAAAUCAAUAUUUUAUAAAGCUAGAAAUAUUGAACAUGUAAGACCAAUGUUUUUAUUAUCAUGGUGUUAUGUAUUAUCUACAUUAUCGGUUGUAUUGGAUGAUACAAAGGAUAGAAGAGUUGUUCAAUUAUGUUUAGAAGGUUUUUCAUAUGCAAUUAGAGUUAGUUGUAUUUUUUAUAUGAAUGUUGAAAGAUCUUCUUUCAUAACAUCUUUAUCGAAAUUCUCAUUAUUGGAUUCAAUCAAAGAACCAACAUUAAAAAAUAUUGAAUGUGUUAAAACUUUAUUAUCAAUUGGUAUUUCUGAAGGAAAUUAUUUACAAGAUAGUUGGACACCAAUUUUAAAAGCAAUUUGUAUUUUAGAAAGAUUUCAAUUAUUUAAUAGUGUAAAACAACAAAUAUUAUCAUCCCCUAAUAAUAUAGAUAAUGAAAAUAAUAAUAAUGGAGAAUCAAUAAAUAUUUUCUCAACAACAACUACAACAUCAUUAACUACAACUACAUAUUCAUCAUCAUCAUCACCAAUUAAUAAUAGUCCAAAUACAAUUAUAAAUAUAGUAGCAGGUAUUAAUAAUAGUCCAAAUUUAUAUAUAAUAGAGAAUCAAAUAAAGAGAUUAAUUGAAGAGAAUCCAAAGGAAUUGACAUUUGAUAGUAGUAUAAUUGAAAGAAUAUUUACAAAUACAAGUUCAUUAUCGGAUGAUUCAAUAGUUACAUUCUUUAGAUGUUUAUGUGAAGUUAGUGAUGAUGAGAUUAAUCAUUAUCAAAGAAACUAUAGUUUAAUUAAAUUGGUAGAGGUGAUUGAAUAUAACUUUAAGCGUAUAAGAUUGGUAUUCUAUAAUAUUUGGGAGAUUGUAGUUCAACAUUUUACAAAGGUUGGUUGUAAUGCAAAUAUUGAGAUUGCUCAACAUGCAAUCGAUUCAUUAAGACAAUUGGCAAAUAAAUAUUUGGAGAAACAAGAAUUGACAAAUUAUAAUUUCCAAAAUGAAUUUUUAAUACCAUUUCAAGAUAUUAUGAAAUGUAACCCUUCGAUUAUCAUCAAAGAGUUGGUCAUUAGAUGUGUGGCACAAUUGUCAAUAUUAAAGAGUAAAAAUAUCAAAUCUGGUUGGAAAACCAUUAUCAAUGUUUUCACAUUGGGAUCAAAGGUUUUAAAUGAGUCCAUUGUUCAAUUGUCUUUUCAAGGUAUUGAUCAAUUGAUUCAAAAGAAUUUCCAAUUAAUUGAAGAUAAUUUCUUUAUAAACCUAAUUGAAUCUUGUUCAUCAUUCUCUUUACCAACUGUACCUUAUUUUGAAAUUUCAAUUAAAUCUUUAGAAUUAUUAUUAUUAUUAUCAAAACGUUUACCAACCAAUAGUACUACAUCAUCAACAUCAUCAUUAUCAACAUCAACAGGUUUAACAAUUUCAACAAUUGAAAAAUUAUUAUUACCAAUUAUUCAAGGCACUUCAUUUGCAAUUUUACAUGAAAGUGAACCAGUUAGAAAAUUAUCAUCAGCUUUAUUAUUUGAUCUUUUGAAUUCAAGAGGAUCUGAAUUCAAUAGUGAAAUUUGGAAUAGAAUCAUUAUGAAGGUUAUUACACCAAUCUUUCAAUCUAUCGAUUUAACUAAAUUGAAUAAUGAAGUCACAAAUAAUUGGUUACGUCAAACUUUUCCAAUCUUAUUAAAUUAUUUAAUUGAUUUGUUUAUACAAUUCAAUAAGGAGUUAAAUCAAUAUUAUGAUACUUUUUUAACUUUAUUAGAACCAUUCAUAUGUUGUUGGAGUGAAUUAUCUGUUCAAGUUGCAAUUGAUUAUUAUGCUAAUUUCAUAAGUAAAUGUUCACCUUAUUUUUCAAAUGAAUUUUGGUGUACAAGUUUAAUUGAUUCAAUUAAUAGAAUUAUAAAGAAAUUAUUAAUUUCAAAAUCAUCACCAUCUUCAUCAUCAUCUUCAUCAUCAUUAUCAUCAUUACAACAAAUAACGUCACCUUUAACAAAUAAUAAUAAUAAUAAUAAUAAUAAUAUACCAAUAUCAGCAAUAACGCCAGAAACACCAAAGAAACAAAAUAAUAACAAUAAUAAUAAUAAUAAUAAUAUUAAUAAUAAUAAUAAUUGUAGAUCAUUUAGUCGUACAUUAUUAUCAUUAAAACCAUUUUUAGUAAUAGAUGAAGAAUCAAGUUUUAUAGGUAAAAAAAUGAAGAGUAAUGUUAUGAAAUAUGAAAAGACUGAACCAUUUUUAUCAAUUCAUAAUUGGAAUACAAUAAUUAAAUUCCAAAGUCUUAUAAAUAAGGUUUAUAGUGAAUUACAAUUAAAGGUUCCAAUUAAAUUUGGUGUAUUAUUAGUAAAAAAAUGGGAUUUAGUAUUCAUUUUAUCACAACGUAUCAAUUCUGAACAAAUUUUCAUCUCUCAUUUUGGUGAACAAAAUACUCAAAACUAUGAAUGUUCAACACUUUCUUUGUUAUUGUCAUUAUUGUUUGAAAUGUAUAUUAGACCUGAUACAAAGAAAUCCUCUGAUAGUAAAAAUCAUGAAGAUUAUCUUCAAGCAAAGAAACGUUCAAAAGAAGUUGAAGAUAUUUUAUCAAGAUUUACAAUUGGGAUAUUAAAAGAAAAUUCUUUAGUAGUUUCAAAUAAUCUUAAUAAUAAUAAUAAUAAUAAUAAUGUAAAUUCACCAAUAACAACAACAACAUCAUCAUCAACUUCAUCAUCAAAUACAACUACUAGAAUAUUUAAUAGUACUAGAAUGAUUAAUAUUAUUUGCCAAAUUUUACAAGGUUUUACAAGAUAUAAUCAAAAACAAUUUAAAAAACAUCAACCAUCUUUCUUUCCAUAUUGUAUCGAUUUAUCAUUACAUGAUAAUUUACAAAUUAGACAAAGUUUAUCAAAAUUAUUUGAAAGAUGUAAAUCUGAUCUUCCAACUAUUAUUUUAUCACAAUCACCACCAUCUCCAUUAACUCUUGAUCCAAUUCCAACCAUUGGUCAAAAGAAUAAUUCACAAAUUCAACAACAACAACAACAAGAACAACAAGAACAAAAUUUAGAAAAUGCUUCUCACUAUACUGUAAAGGAUAAAGUUUUAAUUAUUGAAGAUAAUCAAAAUCAAAAUCAAAAUCACAAUCAAAAUAAUAAUGAUGAUAAUAUUACUAUUAAAGAAUCAAAUACUUCAAUUGAAAUAAUUCAAGCUGAUGAUAAUGAUGAUGAUGAUAAUAAUAAUAAUGAUAAUAAUAAUAAUAUUAACGAGAAAAGAAAUGAUGAAGAUGAUAAUAGUAAUGAAAUAAAACAAAAUGAUGAAAAUGAAAAAAUUGAAAUAAUUCAAGAUGAUGAAACCGAAGAUUUAAGUAAUAAUACAAAUAAUGGUAUUUCUGAUGACUUCACUCCAAUCGAAACUAAUGAAAAUUUAACAGAUAUCGAUGGAUUUGUUAACAUUAACGAGGAAGAAGAUAUAUUAUAA